AUGGCAAGUCCCACCAACACCGGACGACGUCCUGCAGACACAAGAAAGCUCUUGUAUGAUACGCCUAUGGUUACAAUCGAAGUCGGCGCUGAAAAGGAGCACUUCGUUGUCCACAAGAGCAUCCUAUGUGCCAAAUCAUCAUACUUCGAUAGAGCACUUUCCGGCUCGUUUCAGGAGGCCAUCACUCGCUUCUUCCAGUUGCCCGAUAUCUCGCCAGUGCUGUUCAGAAUCUUUGUGGCAUGGCUGUACUACGGCGAUCUUGGCUAUGUCCCACGAAGCGGAAGAACAGUUGAAGAGGAUUUCCGAAGCCUCGAGAUCACCAAAGAAAAUUUCCAACAGAAAGAUGCUCACCAGAGCAAGUCUCAAGACGGACCGAGCAACAACACCGAGAAUACUCGCUUAGAAUACACUCGCUCAAGCAAAGAUGUAACAGAAUCUACCUCUGGUAUUGCCAUGGCAAACUCGUCCGAAAGCCACAAAUCAUCGGCCGAGGAGGCGAUAGAUCAGCCUAUUCCUGCCAACCAACCAACAUACGAAGGAGAACACCCUAAGGGCUGGCCUUGCGAUGUCCCGGUCAGACUAUAUAUCUUCGCCGACCGUUUCGACAUUCGCGAACUAAGGGCAGACUCUCUAGAUGCCUUGAAUCACGCUACCGAAAACGACAAAAGCAGAAUUUGUGCCUUCAACGUUGUUCGUCACAUAUAUCUGAACACACCUUCGACUUCGAAGCUCAGAAAGUACGUUGUUCACUGCGCAUCGUAUGAAAUCGAUUUCGGUGAGGAUGAAUCUGAGUGGAUUUCUUAUCCCAUCGAAUUCUUGGUUGCUGUAAUGAUCAUGAACGGUAGAAGGUUGCCAGACAAGCAAUGCCAGGAAUGCUAUGGAGCCGCCCUGAAGUACACGCUUUUCGCGCCGCAGAACGAUGAGAGAAACCCGAAGGAAGACCUCCCACCAUACAAGACAGACUUGUGCUUCUACCACGAACACCUGAAUGAAGAAGAACGUAAGGCUUGUCGCCUUCGUCGUGAAGGUUCGAAGCCUGCCGUUUGA